GUUUCACGUGCAAUGAACACUGUAGAUUUCGGCUCAUCAAGAAGGGCUUUAAAAAGCUCAUCGAAACAAUGAUCUAGGCAUUACUGCUCUCUCUUUGGGGUUUCUUCUCUUCUCUACACUUCUUCUUUCUUCCUUUUAUUUUCUUCAUGUGGGUCGGCCUUAAAAAUUACAAAGAGUACUUAAUUAAAGAGCUUUAGUUAAGUGAUUGUCAAUGGCACUUGAGGCAGUUGUUUAUCAGCGAGAUGUUUUGAGCAUCUACAAUGGCUUGUUGGGAACGUCUAGCUGGGGCUAUGACUGCGGCGGUCUGGAGAAAUUAGAAGCUGAAGAUAAAUUCUCUUUGGAUCACUUUCUUGACAACCAAACAGAAAGUGAUUUUCUCCAUAGCUAUUUCAAUGAGUUGUACCAGCCAAAUUCAUCCUCAGAUGCUACAAAUAACACCAUCAAUAAUCCUAAUCAUGGCUCAUCUUCAACCUUGAUCCAAGACCGUACAGCUCAAAUGGACUCUUCAGCAGCCACAAGCAUGCCUAUUUCUCGGCCUAAACGGCGGCGAUCCAAGAGCCGGAAGAACAAAGAAGAGAUCGAGAAUCAAAGAAUGACUCACAUUGCUGUGGAGCGCAAUAGAAGGAAACAAAUGAACGAAUAUCUCUCUAUUCUUCGCUCACUAAUGCCUGAAUCUUAUGUUCAAAGGGCCGAUCAAGCAUCGAUUGUAGGAGCCGCUAUAAAUUUUGUGAAGGAGCUGGAGCACAAGCUUCAGUUACUUGGCGGCCAGAAAGAACUAAUGAAGGAAAAAUCCGAGAGCUGUUCACCUUUUGCUGAAUUCUUCACAUUUCCACAGUACUCAACAGGUUCAAGUCUCUGUGAUGGUGAAACAACAAGUGGUCUUCAGAAUCAAUCCGCCAUAGGUGACAUCGAAGUCAGCAUGGUUGAGAGCCAUGCAAACCUCAGAAUAAGAUCAAAAAGGCGGCCCAAACAGCUCCUAAAACUUGUUUCUGGGCUGCAUACUAUGCGCCUCACAAUCUUGCACCUUAAUAUCACAACUGUUGAGCAUAUUGUUCUCUAUUCUCUCAGUGUCAAGGUAGAAGAUGACUGUAAGCUGACUUCAGUGGAUGACAUUGCGAAAGCUCUGCAUCAGUUGCUAGGUAGGAUUCAAGAAGAUGCUAUGUUCAAUUCAAAUAUGUGAUUUAGAUUCAGACUUAGAUUUAGCUUGAGAUCAAGAUUUAGUUUCCCACUGUGAUUUGCUGCUACUUGAAUUUCUCACCAUUUAAUGGGUACUUUCUUUGCUUUUUAA